AUGACACCGAUGCUGCCUCGUCGCGACACAUCGUUCAAGGACAUGCAAGCCGAAGAAGAACAUGAAGUACGAAAAGAUGAGGAAGCACCGAAAAAGCAAAUCAUUCCACCAGCAAAGAAGAGUGUAUCACGAAAGGCGCCGAGUGCAAUCCCAUCUUCGACUCGUGUUUUACGUUCACGCAGCCAGAAGUCGGAUCGUUGA